CACCUUAACAGCACCUCCAAACCAGUCGGCCCAGUCACGUCACAAUAGGUGCUGCGCAAUCGUUGUACGCCGAUGGCGUCGUCCAGCAGGACAGCGGCGCCGCUGGCGAGACGUCGUGGGCACAGAAGAAAACGGGAAACGACAUGAAACAGCCGAUUCGAAACCAUGAGAACAGGAGACGCUUUCCCAGCCAGAGGAAACUACAGCCUUCCGGCAGAGUGCGGCCGUCGCUGGAAGUGAUCACUGAGGAGGCGAGCUAUCAGCACACGCGGCGCAGAAAGCAGCUCAUCCCUCGCGCCAGGCUCAUCCACCACAGACGAACCGAAGAACCCGCCAGGAGGUCCUCGUCGCUGAAUUUACAGUUCAUAUCCCGGACGAGGCCCUUCCUACUGACCCCACCACCUGACUUCAGAGCAACUUCCGGUGCCGUGGGAACAGAUCGAACCAGGCAACCCGCCCGUGGCCAGUCAGGCAACGCACAGGUCCAGAGUACCGCUUCGUUGCCUGGAGGGACAUCUGCACUACGGAGAACAGGAAACAGUGGCAGCAUCACCAACACUGCGCAUCGAUCACCGCGCAUUUUAGCCUUCACUACUCUAAACGGCACACAAAACUCUGCAGUCAACACACACCAAACAUGUCACUCUACGGAUAAGCCCAGUGAAAUUCCUCCCGUAGAUAAAACAAAAUGCCGAUUUCAAGAUUCUGGAAACGAGACAACAAAGUUAACUCAACUUUCUGUAAACGCGGAUACAAAACGAAUUAAUGAUUGCACUGGUAAAACUUCCACAGAAAUAUCAGUACAGAGGGCAGCAGAGUCUGUAGGGGAGUCCUGUGUGACACCUGCGGGCGAGUCUGCAAGCAUAAGAGGCGUCUCUAAAGGUCCUCCAGUCCACAGCCCGAACAUAUUUCAACUCUGUACGCGUGAAUCGGCAAAGACACUCCUCUGUGAAAACACACAUGAUGAACCUACACCAAGACCUCUGAAGGGGCAAGCCACGACAGAUCAGGAUUGUACAGGAUUCUCAGGCAAGACACAGCGUCCUGACGGCAAGACGCGAAGAAAGAGGGAAGGUGUAAAUGAACCAAGAGACAAGAGAGAAUAUAAAACCCGUACGCAAGUCAGAGAAGCAGAUCCUGCAGAGGAAGACUGUUCGGCCUGCAGGACGCUUGGCAGGGCAGAGGGGAUAAAUCCAGAAUGUCGAGCACACAUUAGCCAAAACAGCAUCGAGGAGAAAGAUACGUCAGGCCAGAACAGUAAUAAUCGUCCCGAUAUCGCGGACAAGAAGGAAGACUGUUCUGCAUGCGAGAACAAGAAACAAGCAGAAAAUACUGCAAGUGUGAAGAACACGGGAAUACAAAGUUUUUCGAACGGAAAACUGACAAGGACAGACGACAUUUCGAUUGAGAAAGGUAAAACUUGUGGGUUAACAGAAUACUCAGCAGGGAAUAAAGGCAAAGCUCGAGAAGGUUCUGCAGAACACGUGCUGGGCAAUUUCGCCACUGCAAACGAGGAACAAGACACUGACGCAAUAGACAGUGCCACAGCAGGCAAACCAGAGAAGCGCCGACAAGACAGCAGCGACACGAUGUCCAGGAGACCCCAAGUGCUGAAGAUCACCGACUCGGCGACGACCGCCUUCAGACGCCGAGAUGGAAACAAACACGACGAGUUGCAACACGACAGCACCGGACUGCGGCAACAAGAAAGCCAUGCCAAAAGUUCGCCUCCUGCCAGUGAAGAUGGCACGCCAAAAACCACUCGAAACCUGAGAAGCAUCUUCGACGGAGGAAGAGAGAUGGUAUCAUCCCCAAGACAAAUUCGGAAGGAGGACAAAACCGCCGGAAUGCUGCCAGCACCUGGGGUCACGUGCGAAGCAGCUGCUGGUAAUACGAAGCCGAUGUUGAUCGCUACUUUAUCGAUGGAGGAAGCCGGCGACACGUUGCAGAAACUCUCGAUUCGAAAUGAAAACAACUUAUCUCCAGAUCCACAAACCAGCACAGCUUUCAGAGCAUUCAGUUGCAACGGACAUGAAACGCUGUCUACUAUCACCAAGUCAGUUCCAGACCACGCCGAGGCAACACAACAUAAAACCGACAAGAAAGAAACGCUUCAUGCUGGUCUGCUUAAAGAGAGAGACAGCAAAGCGGCGGCAUUUGACGGUCUUCUGCAGUAUCUGCAAGAUUACAGGCACGGACUGCGAGAACUCCUCGUGAACAACAAUGUCGUCAUCAUAGAACCUGUCAGGCAGUCGAGAGUCAGGCUGGAGAACCGAAAGUACUCUGCCACAAAGUCAGCAUCCGAGGGCACCUGUCGGAUAACGGGGGCCACAGUCAAGACAGGGAACAGCACAUCCGCGGCAUCAAACACACUGCCCAGGCAACAACCGAUCUUAAGGCGUCAUUUCUUUUAUCAUCCAAUCAGAACCAACAGAUCACUGGUCGACGAAGAAUUGCCAGAUCCCGAGAAAGUAAGACAUGCCAGAGAAAUUUUUGAAAGAACUAUAAAAAUGAAAGAUUCACAUCACGAACAAACCAGUACUGCUAAUGACACAAAAAGCACAAGAAAUAGCAGAAGCUCAGCAGCAAAAGUAAUCAGUGCAUCUAAAACUGACAACAGGAAUGCUGCUGACAAGGUCAAGAGAAAGUACCUGACAGUGGACACAGUUUUCAGACAUAACGCCUUACACAAGCGCUGGACAGACUCAGGCAGCUUGUCAUCUGGGAUCAGUAGCGACCUGAGUUGCUACGAGACUGACGUCGAGUCGCCAGACACUUCCAGUCGCAAAGAGGAACAGACAGACGUAUUCAGCAGCGAUGACGAGUACCCUGACAGAAAUGACUACCUCGAGGAGAGCGAUGAAGGCCAUUACGUGGCGCCGGAAGUACUGGAGAGGAUCCGCGCGUGUGGCACUACCGUAACGUACUACGGGGGCCGAGUAAUAGCGGCGAGUAACGGACCACUGAGGAGUCCCAUGACACUGGCCAUAAUGGACGAAAUAGAAAAGAACCAGAAGUUUACCAGGAAGGGAACUCGCAUCAUUCCGGACGAAUACCUGGGAGUGAAGUUCCGGCUAGUGAAAAGCAACAGCUGUGGCAGUCGCCUGGAGUUGGCCGGGACUGAAGAAGAUGAGGACUGGAAAGCCAUAGCUGAAGAGGAACACGACGCUCCUAGUGCUCAGAAAUCUGGGGAUGGCCCGAAGCUGUCCGACAGAACAGAAAGCAUUGCUAAAGGCAAAGCACAAGGACAUGCUAAAGGUGCAAAGUCUUCCAGAACUGGAUGCCUAGAUAGCGUGCUUUCGACAGAAACUGAAGGCAGAUCCACACAUGGACAAACAGACAUGUGUGAAGGAUGUAUCAGAGGGGCGACAACCAAAAUAUGGUUUUCACCUGAAAAAGCCGAAGUUGUCGAAAGGGGCAGUCGUAACGUAUUAUUCAACGACAUCGAAUUCGAAGAAUUCGAAAUAGCUGAAGACUCCCUAGAUGUGAUACAAGAGAAUGACAUCGAAUGCAGCAAGACUGAUGAGGACGAUGCUGAACAAAUGCACCCCCGGGACUGUCAGCCCGUCUCAAAUCACAUUAAUGUUCCUGGUCCGGCCACAGAGAAACAAUCAAAUGAAGCACGAAAUUCGACGUCAAAAGCUAAUGGCGAUGUGCAAAUGACCACGUGGGCCUCAAGAUCCGUCCUGUUUGACUUCAGGAACUGCGAGACUGAAGACUCUCAUCUGCCAACCCGAAAGACAGAGCCGAACCACAGUUCAUGCUGAAUAUUUGCAAACAUAAUCCUGGCUCCAUUCAGCUGCAAGGGACAGAGAUGGCGUACACUCCACACUGCACUGCACAUUCUAUCAGCUUUACCACUUUGAGAGCCAGCGUCCUUCCCAUGCUAUGAAGGUGAUAUGUUGCCCUGAAACAGGGUCCUUUUGCCUGAAUAUCUUUGGCGAGUGACAACAAACAAUGACUGACAUCUUUUCAUACUUCCUGACACUUCGAAUAGGCAUAUGAGACUUGUUUUCAUAUGUAAAUCAUACCGAAAUGUACUGAUGAUGUGUCUUCUUUUUAGAAGUAAUCUUAGCAUCAAGAGGGUAGGUGAAAUCGUAUCUGCUGGUCUAAAUAUAGUUGUGUUAAUUCAGAGUUCAAUGCUCCUUUCUUCUGAAUAUCUGAGCAUGACUACGUAUUCUGAGAAUAUAGACGAACUAACUAACUUCACGGAGAUGAGCCGCCAGAUGUGUAGCUACUCAAGAAUUUCCCAACAUUUUAUGGAA